UCAAUUCUGCAAGUGGUUCUAAUUUACUAUCGCUGUUCUCUAGCUGGUCUAAACCCAUUUUUGAUCUAAAGGGACACUUUUUGGACUCCAUGGACUUUUAUAAGUUUCCAGGCAGAAAGAACAUUCAAAAUGCAGAGAGGGGACAGGACAGAGCACUAGGGACAAAAUGUAUGGGAAUAUGUAAAAUCGUUUUGAAAAAAAUGACAUUUUUUUUAAAAUUUUCAAAUUUCUCGCCGCCGGCGGCGCCCGUACGUCCCGACGUCACAGGGACUGGAACACAGGAGCCGGAUGCCGGCAUCAGCCGGAGGAGAUGGCCGGGGACGCUGCAGGGGACACAU